AUGUGGGGAUCAUUGGAAACUAGAAAAUCAGUUAUCUGCAGAUCAUCCUCUAGUCCUAAUAUAAUCUCCUCGUUGUCAUUGCCAAGGCUUCCCACUAGUGUUAACAUUCUCUUACCUUAUGGAAAAAGUAAACGAACAUUAGUUCCAGAAUGGCUGAGGAGUAAUGGCAGUGUUACUGGGGGUGGCAAGUCAUCUCACCACGGUUCUUCCCCUUCUUCUAUCUCAGAUGUUUCUUCUUUGGUGCAUCAUGCAAGACAUAGGAACUCUAGUAAAGUAAGUGAUUUUGAUUCCCUUCGCGCGACAUUUUUGGAUCGGACACAUUCGUUGAAUUCAGGGAGGAGUUCUAGUAAUGUUUCUGGAAAGCAUGCUUAUAGUAGCUUUAGUAGGAAUCACCGUCAUAAGGAUCGAGAAAGGGAUAAAGAGAGAAUGAGCUUUGGGGAAAGUAUGUUAACUAGUAGGGUCGAGAAAGAUAUAUUGCGGCAUUAUCCUUCUAUGGUUUAUAGGAAACAGGGUGAGCCUUUGCCUCGAAGGAUUGCUGUGAACUCUGUAGAUAAUGGUAACAGUAACCAUAACAUUACCAAUGGUUUUCAUUCUGGGGGUAAUAUUGGGAGUAGCAUCCACAAGGCUGUGUUUGAGAAAGAUUUUCCAUCACUUGGAACUGAAGAGAGGCAAGGGGUGCCUGAGAUUGCUAGGGUUUCUUCUCCUGUUUCGGCUCAGCUUCUCAAACUGUAGAAGGAUGGACCUCGGCUUUGGCAGAUGCGCCGAGUGUGGUUGGAAGUAGUAGCACAGGUUCCUCGCCUGCCCCUCAAACUGUUUCUACCACAAGUUCUGGGGCUCCAAGUGUCACAUUUGGUCUUAAUAUGGCUGAAGCACUAGCACAAGCGCCUUCACGAACCCCGACUGCUCCCUUGGUAUCUGCCACGACUCAAAGGCGUGAGGAACUGACUAUUAAGCAAUCAAGGCAUCUAAUACCAGUGACACCUUCGAUGCCUAAGGUUUCUGUAAGCCAGCCGCCUUAAUUUCAGCAAAACAUUCUCUUAAAUCUUAUCUGCAUCACAUUUGUAGUUUUAGUCCUGUUGAACAAUUUUGCCCCUUCUUAUUUACCUUCUUGUACAUCAUGUAUAGAUAUUGAAUGCGGUAUAU